UUGUGCAGCUGUGGCACUGUCAUCGGCAGAAUCUGUGUAUACUUAUUUACUCAUCGUCAGACACCAUUUCGGAUACGGAAUAAAUUUUUGUACCUUAAAUACGCAAAAAUUGAACCCUUGAGGGUUGCAAACUCCACCUGAGAUUAAUGCCAUUCGGUUUACCAUGGGAACGAACGUGAGUAGACAGGUCGAUCUGGCCGAGAACGAAUAUCUCAAGCGAUUCGUUGGCAAGGAACAUAUUCCGGUGUACAACGAUGAAUUCUGGAACAAUUUCCUUCAAUAUCACAUCAAUCUGCCGACGAACAGCCAGGAGCAGUUAAGCUUGGAUUCGAGACUGGAAUCACUAUGCCAAAGUUUUAUAAGCCAUAACUUAUCGACUGGAAACUUUGGAUCCUUGAUCAGUCUGUAUCUGAUUAAGGUUUCAGAAUUACUGGCACUAUCGGAUGCGGAAAGUUCGGUGCACAUUUGGCAGGCUUUCAAUGCUUUGUUCAUAAUUCGAUGCUUGAUCAAGUAUAUGAUUGAAACUGGUUCAGAAUAUCAGCUUCUCCAACACUUCGAGGCUACCCCAACUAACGAAAGUUUGCAGCAUUUAAAUCGGGAUGAAGCCGAAGAAGCGGGAGCAGGUGCCGUUGCGGCAGUAACCGUGGAUCCUAAAACAAUUGCUGACACGAAAACAGCGAUUGCCAAGCUGGUUGAGGGAACGAGAUUCGAAACGUUUCUGGAGGCAUUGGUCAACAUUAUUGUUGUAAUACCGGUGAAAGAAUUCACAUAUCAUCUGCAUUUGGAAGCUGUGAACUGUUUGAUCGUACUGUUGUCGGUUAGUCAAUUUUCCCAGCAUGGAACGGACAAAUCGGCAAUAUUCAGGACUAUUUACAAAUGCCAACAUGCGAAUACGCUGAUGAGCGCUUUACUUCACUUCUUGAGUCGAAUGAUGCAGGCACCGUCGACGAUGUUUGGCUUCGGUAGUGGUGGUUCAUUCGUGUUCGGAAUAGCCGAAUCGCUGUGGUCUAUUUUGACGUUUGCACGUAAACAACCGGACGUUUUGUCUGCCCACGACUUACCUACCGCUUUUACUGAGCACUAUCCGUUGGCCAAUCAGAGCCUACUCUUGAUUCUAAUACUGACAAAUCACUGCACUACAAAGGAAAACUCGUACCGGACCAGUCUGUUCGGUUGUUGUGAUUCACAGGAUUCUCCGAAAGACGAACCGAUCACUUUCAAAAUAGACUUUUCUUCCCUGUACAACACGUUGUGCCGAAUAGUGACGAUCGAUCAGGCAACUUUGCUGCUCUAUCUGUUGCUGCAUCGAAACCAAAGAUUCUACAAGUACGUGAUGGCUCAGCAGAAUCUGCAGCAGUUGGUGAUUCCUAUCCUUCAAACUCUUUAUCAUGCCCCGGACAGUACAUCACAUCACAUCUACAUGUCGUUGAUUGUGCUACUAAUUCUCAGUGAGGACGAUAACUUCAACCGAAGUGUACAUCAAAUUAUCCUCAAAAACAUUACGUGGUACACCGAAAGAUCGAUUAGUGAAAUUUCUCUCGGCGGUCUGCUUAUCCUGGUAGUGAUUCGAACUAUUCAAUACAACAUGCUUAAGAUGCGGGACAAAUAUUUACACACCAACUGCUUGGCUGCGCUAGCCAACAUGUCGGGUCAGUUCCGUUCCCUACAUCCGUACGUGGCCCAGCGAUUAGUUAGCCUGUUUGAAACUCUGGCCAAGAAGCAUGCUCGGCUUGAUCAGCAAUUGAAACAAUCUGCCAACGGAAGUGCGUGUAACGUCAAUAUGUCCGUAACGGAGUCGACGUCGGAUGACAUGUUACAGGAUCUUUCCGUGCUGGAAGAGGUACUCCGGAUGGUGCUGGAAAUACUAAACUCCUGUCUAUCGCAUCAGUUGGUUUAUUGUCCAAAUCUAGUGUACACUUUGCUGUACAAACGAAAUGUGUUUGAGGCCUUCCGAAGCCACUCGGCGUUUCAGGAUAUUAUUCAGAACAUUGAUAUGGUUGUAGGAUUUUUCUCGUCCAGACUGGUACGGGUCCAGGAUCAGCGCGGGGAACUGGGGGUGAAUGAAGUGUUAGAAGUGAUAUCGAAAGGAGCUAGUCAAUGGUCCAGUGACCGACUGAGGAAAUUUCCAGACCUCAAAUUCAAAUACGUCGAAGAGGACGCGCCGGAGGAAUUUUUCAUCCCGUACGUUUGGACUCUGGUCGGCAAUGCAGGUUGUGUGCAUUUCAGCUCGGAAUCGAUCAAGGGCGUAACGACGGAAAUCAGCUGUUAACCGCAUGUGCCGCCCGGGUAGAGUCAACCUGUCAUGUCAUGCUGAUUCUGCUUACUUACUUACGGUUUUUUGUUCUCUUCCACGGGGCUCGAUUAAUGCCGCAGAUUGUUGUAACUCUUAAACUAUGUAGAAAGUGCAAAGACACAUUACUAAUAGGAAUGAUACCUUGAAUGCCCACAAAACGGUCCGUACCCAGCAUUGUAAAUCUUAAAAUGCAAUCAAAAAGAAAAAUAGAUUUUUAGUCUUCAAAUUUCAAGUCAUUCAAGUUUGAGCAAAACUCUAGCGUUAGAAUACUGUUGGUAGCAUUCCUCUUGGACAACUAGAUUUUGGAAACCUGGUUAUUCUGUUUUCUUCCGGAUAUGUUUUGUCCAUUUCUGUGGUUGUUUAGUCUUACUUAACGAGCUCAAAAUUGUUGUGCAUUUCUGUAUAUAAAGCUGUUUCGUAGAGCUGAUGCUGAUUAAAUUAAUAUAAAGAUUUACAUUUAUUUACUUUUGUUAUGUGACAGCUAUUUUGUUUUUUUGGACAGUAACAGACAAUUGAUGAUUAAUAUUUUUCGUUUAUUUUUCAAUAAUUAUAAAGUUCAUCUUUAAUCGAAUGUAAAGCCUAGUAUAGCAUUGUAACCAAUUUUUUGGAACAACGCAUGUUGAAUACAUACUGUAUAAAAUUGAAAGAACAAAAAAAAAACAAACAAUAAUAGAGAGCGAAUAAUUAUUAUAGAACACGACGAACUUAUUUCGGACAACGUGUUUCAAUAAACCAGACGAAAGCUACUGAUCAGUAAGAAUUGUAGAU